AUGACGUACAACAAGGUAGCCACAGUUAUUAGGGCAAAAAGACCAUCGGCUGAAGUUCACGACCAGGCGCUCCUCCGAUUUAUUCAAGAAUAUUUGCGUAAACACGUUAGAGUAAAAGGUCUGAAUGGCCUAAUCCAAUCCGGGCCGAUCGCCCAUGGCUACCGCCACCGCUGCUGCAUAUAUACCACAUGCUGCCAGGCCCAGCUGCCCAUUCCCCUGCAGCCCAAAACUACCAACCAACCCAAAGCUUUCUUGGCUGCCUGCCGCGGCGGGGGCGCAACCCGGGCCGCCAAGAUAGGGUCGGACAGCCCCGCCGCCGACGGCGUCGGCGACGCCGCGCGCAAGCGGCCCAGCGGCGGCGAUGGCCCCACCCCGGCGCCCGCCGACAAGCGCCGCCGCCCGGAGCACCCCUCCUCCUCUUCCGCGGGCUCCCGCGACCGCCACCAGGCCCACCACCACCAACCCCACGGCCGCCGUCCGCCGUCGUCCUCGGCCGAGGAGAAGGUGCGCGCCUCCCACAUCCUGAUCAAGCACGAGGGCUCCCGCCGCAAGGCCUCGUGGCGGGAUCCCGAAGGCGUCGCCAUCUCAGCCACGACCCGCGACGACGCGGCCGACCUCGUGCGCGCGCUCCGCGACCAGAUCGUCUCCGGGGACCGCAAGUUCGAGGACAUCGCCGCCGAGAACUCCGACUGCAGCUCGGCCAAGCGCGGCGGUGACCUCGGUUCAUUUGGGAGGGGUAAGAUGCAGAAGGCUUUUGAGAAGGCUGCGUUUGCUCUGAAGGUGGGGGAGAUAAGUGACGUAGUUGAUACAGAAAGCGGGGUGCACAUCAUCAAGAGGACUGGCUGAUUGCAUCUGCGACAUUAUCCAUAUACGGUGCAAACGGGGGAUGCCUUCGAGAGGCUUUAUGGUUUCUUGCUUCAUUGGUGAACUUGUGCGUGUUUGUUUUUUUCUCGUAUGCGCUUGAGAAAAUGAGAUGUUUGUAAACUUUGCUGGAGACCUCCGUGCUCUCGGCUACGAUGGGUUCAGAUUGUUUUGAGUAUGACACGAUUAUAUGUAGAUUUUUUCUGUCAUCUUGUGUCAUUCUUGCCUCCGAGAAUUUGACAUCUUUCCCCCGA